AUGAAGAAUGGACAGCUUGCCCUUGCACUCUUUUUAUCUCUGAUUCCUGCCGUCGCUGCCGUUUAUUGCCUAGCAACAGAACACGCCUUUACAAGUAUCCUGCUAUUCACAUUGUCGAUCGUAUGCGUUGGAAUGUCGUUUAUUGCGUUUCUCAGCUACGCGACUUUCAAGCAUGGUGUACCAGCACUAUUGGAUUGUGUGCGUCAAACCUUGCUUCCUAUCACUCAAUUGCUAUCUCGCACUCACGUGAUUGGACCCCUUGUGUCAUUGUUGGUGCGUUCGACAUUCUUUGUUUGGUUCAUGAUGUUGCUUGCAAGCGAUCGCUUAUUGAGAAGUAUCCUGAGCCGUCUCGUUGGAUCACAUGUGUCAGGUCGUCGAUUCUCUGUUAUCAAUGCUAUGGAUCCAGACUUUUCGUUGUUUGAUACUGCACCCGAUACCAUCCAUGAUAAUGAUCCACCAUUGCCAACAAACACCCACUAUUCCCAUUCACUGGCAUAUUCAUUAUGCGUGGCAUCCAAGCUGGUCUAUGAAGAUAUACCACUCAUUCGUCACGAGCUUGAUAAAGCUGGCUUCGAGGUCUCUGAAACAUUCAAACCAAUGGCUUACUUGAAUAUCUGUGCUUUUAUUGUCGCCAAGGAUGAUGACAUUUUGCUUGUAUUUCGUGGAACAAAUCCCUUGAACUUUCAAAACUAUAUCACCAAUAUCCAUAUGGGCAUGAUUGGUAUCAAUGAUGUGGAUGGAGCAGCCAUGGGACAUGUACACAAGGGCUUUUGGCGUGCUUUGGGUGAGCCGGAAAUCAAGCGUCGCGAUACACCUGCAACUGUACAGAUCGAACUCAACGGGGUGUCACUUUAUCGAACGAUUGCAUCGGCAUUACAAGCAUGUUUCAAGAUAUUGCAGUUCCUGACACUCAAUGUCUUUCACCACGUCACCGACCCUGUUGAUAGCAGCUGGAUGGGCCAUGAUACGGAUGUCAAAUCGCAUAGCAUGUUCUAUCAAGCUGAGAAAUACAUCUUGAAGCUCAUGGCAACACGACGUACCAAGUCCACCACUCGGCUUUACAUUGCGGGUCAUUCGCUUGGUGGCGCUCUUGGAACCAUUUUCCUUGCAAAGAUGUUACAAUCCAAAAGCAAAAUCCUGGAUCACUUUGGCGGCUUGUAUACCUUUGGCCAACCCAAAAUCGGUGACGCUGAUUUCGCCAGGGCAUUUGAUAAAUUGAUAGAACACAAGAUCUUCCACCAUGUCUAUAAUAAUGAUAUUGUACCACGUGUCCCUUCCUGGUUACAAUACGACACACCGCCAGGGAUUCUCGUAUUCAUUGAUUCGUCGUACAACAUGACGCUUUAUCCACCCAAACCAACCACAGGCGAGCCUGUUCCCGUGCGUCAAAUUUCUUAUCUUCACUUGUCCGGUCUUCUCAAUCUACGUGUCAUUCAACGGUUGCCUCGUGAAAAUGCAAUUCGUAUCCUUUUUAGGAUCCUCUUUCCCUUCUUUGUAAACGAUCAUUUUCCCUCCGAUUACUGCGACGCUCUAAGACGGGGUAAAAAGAUAGCGAUAGCCAAGGGUCCUCGUAAACGUUGGGUAGCGAAUGAAUGA